ACACACUAAACACACUCGCAUCUUCCAAGCAAAGAACCAAUCACAUCACAAAUACUUGUCUUCAAUCAUCAUCUUCCUUACUUCCAUUCCAAUUCACCUCUCAAAUCUCUCUAUUUCAUUCUCUAUCAGUUGUUGAUUUCCCAAAUCAUGCCGGAAUUUCUUCAUUAACUGCACCUCCGCUCAUGAUUUGAAGUAGUUACUAUAAUGUCUGGGGAAAUUGAAGAACCGUUUCGCUUUAAUUUUCAGGCAGACCUCUUGCACUCUGGUUCAAUCUCGUUUGGUAGAUUUGAAUCUGAAUCAUUAUCUUGGGAAAGGAGAUCGUCCUUUUCGCACAAUCGAUAUCUUGAAGAGGUCGAGAAAUACUCAAAACCAGGUUCAGUUACUGAGAAGAAGGCUUAUUUUGAGGCUCAUUUUAGAAGGAAAUCCCUUCUGAAGCAAAGUUCUUCUGAAUACCAUGAUGGUAGAGAAUUCCAGACAAGUGAAAAUGAUGACCCACAGGAUUUACAAGACUCAGAGAAUGGCAAUGAAAGCAAGUAUUUUACUUCCUUUGGCAAGCGCCCUCAUAGUUCUGGUCAUUCCAAAUAUGAUGAAGAAACUGAUAUUCAGAAAUGUGAAAAGGAAAAGAUUGAAACUGUAUGGGCUGAGAAUGACAACACAGGCAGCCAUGUUACAAGCUUUGAUGAGAGCUAUUCUCAUUUAGGGUAUGAAGGGGGUGAAAUUCUGGAGUGUGAAGGAGCGGAGUUAGGAGUUUCCUCUGUUGCACCUAAGGAUGAGUCCACGAUAAACAUUGUUGAUCAUAUGGUAAGUGGUUCAGAGCAUCUUAAGAUCAAAGAAACACGUCAGAUUGGAACCAAGAAUGUCGUUUUGGUUGAAAGUGAAGAAAAUACUGGAGAGACCCUUAAUGAUAUUGUUGUAAUGGUGGAUGUGGCAUCACAAAAUGAUUCAUCCCUCACUAGUGACACUGCAGAUAAGGACGAAGCGAGCGCUAACUCUGGACCUCAGCGAAAGUUCUCUUCCAAAGUAAGGCCUGCUUCCAAAAUGAAACAAACAGAGUCAAAACAGAAGGUGCAAGCCAAUGCUGCUCAGGUUCAAAGAACCAUUUCCAGUGAAGCAUCCAUUGGCUCUGCUAAAGCCAAAACAAGAAAAAGCGAAGGUCUACUCAUGAAGGAAAAGCAAAAGAUGUCACCUCGACCUGCUAGUCCCAUCACACAUUCAGGGAGAAAAACUUCAAAAUCAGAGGAAUCAAGUAUGAAUACUCCAAAGGCAAGACUAGUUCCCCCAAAGAAAAGCAUUGUGAAAGAAUAUAGAUCAGAAAAAGCAGCGGAAGCAAAGUCUUCAGUAUCGGAGAAGUCUCUUCCUGAAGCACGUCAAACUGCCAACAGGGUUAAACAGACUAUUGGAUUGAGUAAGCCACGCAUCAAUCCAGGUGUCAAUCAGGGUGCUGCAGGUUUCACAUUUAAGAGCGAUCAACGAGCAGAAAGGAGGAAAGAGGGGAAAAAAGCUGCUGAGAUGACACAUUCCCAAAAAAGUCUAAACUUCAAAUCAACACCAAUGCCUUCUUUCUACAAAGAAUCUGCUCAUUGUUCAGAUCAAAACAAGGUUAUAUCAACUAGCAUGAGAACACCAAACAGACCACGAACCCCUUGCAUGGCUACACGCACCAACAGAUUUCCAUCAAAUUCUACCGCCUCCUCAGCAGACACCAGACCCACCUCUUCAAUUUCAUUAACCAACAGAAACUGUCCUUCAGAAUCUCUCAGGAAAAGCCAUGUCCCUGAAAGGAGAAUACAAGAGAAGAAAAGGGAGUCGAGUUCACACAAACAGAAACAGCCUGAAGCAACAAAAGGACCACGAGCCUCGAGGAAAGAUACAAAAGGAGUUGAGAUUGGUCCAAAAAUGGGAUACGCAGCACUCGGUGUUGUCACUUGAGCAUCGCGUUUGUUUCUUCGGAUAAUCAGCGCAUGGUUGGAGUAAGUUGUUGCACCUACAAGUAUCUCAUGGUAGAUUGAAUUAGGGAAGUUACUAAACUACCCUUUGUGUCAGAAAACAUUACGGUAAGAUUAUAGAUGGGGGCAUAAUUAGUUGUGUAGGUAAAACUUGCUUGCUUUCUAGUAUUACUUAUCUGAUGUAUAAAAGAGUAGAAAAGUAUCUAUAAGGGUGUAUGUGUUAUUGAUACAUAUGAUUUCAUUUAUGUGCGAUUGUAGCACGUGCAAUACACUUGUACUAGAUGAAAAACAAUCAUAAUAAUCUUAAAUUAGUU